AUGAACUCUCCUUCGGGGACAAGAGCCCCACCGGACCCGGCCCAGGAAUCCAACGGCAUAGCCACCCCAGCUUCCCGCAGCAGGUGGGACAGCUACUGGAGCAGCACCUCCAGCCUGGACCACCCUCUGCCCAUCAGCCCCACGGCAGCCAGGGCUCAGGCUGCUGCCUGGGUCCCCUUUCCCACGGUCGAUGUUCCAGACUACGCCCACUACACCCUGGGCACGGUGAUCCUGCUGGUGGGGCUCACAGGGAUGCUGGGAAAUCUGACGGUCAUCUAUACCUUCUGCAGUUGUGAUUUACUUCAUGGAGUCAAUGUGAUGAUUAAGAGCAGAGGUCUCAGGACACCUGCCAACAUGUUCAUCAUCAACCUCGCAGUCAGUGACUUCCUCAUGUCCUUCACCCAGGCCCCCGUCUUCUUCACCAGCAGUGUCUAUAAGCAGUGGCUCUUUGGAGAGACAGGCUGUGAAUUCUAUGCCUUCUGUGGGGCUGUCUUUGGCAUCACCUCCAUGAUUACCCUGACGGCCAUCGCCCUGGACCGCUACCUGGUCAUCACACGCCCACUGGCCACCGUCGGGAUGGUGUCCAAGAGGCGGGCGGCGCUUGUCCUGCUGGGCGUCUGGCUCUACGCCCUGGCUUGGAGUCUGCCGCCCUUCUUUGGCUGGAGUGCCUAUGUGCCCGAGGGGCUGCUGACCUCUUGCUCCUGGGACUACGUGAGCUUCAUGCCAUCGGUCCGCGCCUACACCAUGCUGCUUUUCUGCUUUGUGUUCUUCCUCCCCCUGCUCAUCAUCAUCUACUGCUACAUCUUCAUCUUCAAGGCCAUCCGGGAGACGGGCCAAGCUCUCCAGACUUUCGGGGCCGGCGAGGGUGGUGGUGAGUGCCCCUGGCAACGGCAGCGUCUGCAGAACGAGUGGAAAAUGGCCAAGAUCGAGCUGUUGGUCAUCCUUCUCUUCGUGCUCUCCUGGGCCCCCUACUCCACUGUGGCCCUGAUGGGCUUUGCUGGGUACGCACAUGUCCUGACGCCCUACAUGAACUCGGUGCCAGCUGUCAUCGCCAAGGCCUCUGCCAUCUACAACCCCAUCAUUUAUGCCAUCACCCACCCCAAGUACAGAAUGGCCAUCGCCCAGCACCUGCCCUGCCUUGGGGUGCUGCUGGGCGUGUCAGGCCAGCACACUGGCCUGUACACCAGCUCCCGCUUCACCCACCGCUCCACACUGAGCAGCCAGGCCUCGGACCUCAGUUGGAUCACUGGACGGAGGCGCCAGGUGUCCCUGGGCUCUGAGAGCGAGGUGGGCUGGACAGACACAGAGGUAACAGCUGCUUGGGGGACUGCCCAGCAAGUGAGUGGAUGGUCCCCCUGCGGUCAGGGCCUGGAGGAUGUGGAAGCCAAGCCCCCUCCCAAGUCCCAGGGACAGGAAGCAGAGGCUCCCGGAAAGACCAAAGGGCUGCUCCCCAGCCUGGACCCCAGGAUGUAG